GAGGGGAGCCCCCGCCCCCCUUCGCCAAGGCCUACAGCUGAGGUUGCAGGGAGAACUGGAACUGGGCUCGCCGCAGGGGGAAGCGGCGCGUGAAAUCCGCCCCCUCCCCGUACCCCACUUCCGAGGGGGUGGGCGAUAGAGGGGAGGUUGGGGUUGGAGCAGCGGCGCGGGGGCCCCUCCCUCGCACCUCCCCCCACUGGACUUGGUCGCGCCCGAAGUGUAACACUUUCUCUUUGUCGGAGGAGCUCCGCUGUUUCUUGUGCUGUAGCUCGGGUUGCGGCGGCACCCGUGGCAGCCCUGGCGGACGCAGGAGCGAUGGCAGCGACCGAUAUAGCUCGCCAGGUGGGUGAAGGUUGCCGCACCGUCCCCCUGGCUGGACAUGUGGGGUUUGACAGCUUGCCCGACCAGCUGGUGAAUAAGUCAGUCAGCCAGGGCUUCUGCUUCAACAUCCUGUGCGUGGGAGAGACCGGUUUGGGCAAGUCUACCCUCAUGGACACCCUGUUCAACACCAAGUUUGAGGGGGAGCCAGCCACCCACACACAGCCGGGUGUCCAGCUCCGGUCCAAUACCUAUGACCUCCAAGAGAGCAACGUGGGGCUGAAGCUCACCAUUGUUAGCACGGUGGGCUUUGGGGACCAGAUCAACAAGGAGGACAGCUACAAGCCCAUCGUGGAGUUCAUUGACGCCCAGUUCGAGGCCUACCUGCAGGAAGAGCUGAAGAUCCGCAGGGUACUGCACACCUACCAUGACUCCCGAAUCCAUGCCUGCUUGUACUUCAUCGCCCCCACGGGCCAUUCCCUGAAGUCUCUGGACCUCGUGACGAUGAAGAAGCUGGACAGUAAGGUGAACAUCAUCCCCAUCAUCGCCAAAUCAGAUGCCAUUUCGAAGAGUGAACUAACAAAGUUCAAAAUCAAAAUCACCAGUGAACUUGUCAGCAAUGGGGUCCAGAUCUACCAAUUCCCUACAGAUGACGAGUCAGUGGCAGAGAUCAAUGGAACUAUGAACGCGCACCUGCCGUUCGCUGUCAUCGGCAGCACAGAGGAGCUGAAGAUAGGCAACAAGAUGAUGAAGGCACGGCAGUAUCCUUGGGGCACGGUGCAGGUCGAGAACGAGGCCCACUGCGACUUCGUGAAGCUGCGGGAGAUGCUGAUCCGGGUGAACAUGGAGGACCUCCGGGAGCAGACCCACAGCCGGCACUACGAGCUCUACCGGCGCUGCAAGCUGGAGGAGAUGGGCUUCAAGGACACCGACCCCGACAGCAAACCCUUCAGCUUACAGGAGACCUAUGAGGCCAAAAGGAAUGAGUUCCUGGGGGAGCUCCAGAAAAAGGAAGAGGAGAUGAGACAGAUGUUUGUCCAGAGAGUCAAAGAGAAAGAAGCUGAACUUAAAGAGGCAGAGAAAGAGCUACACGAGAAGUUUGACCGUCUGAAGAAACUGCACCAGGACGAGAAGAAGAAGCUGGAGGAUAAGAAGAAAUCCCUGGACGAUGAAGUGAACGCUUUCAAACAGAGAAAGACGGCGGCUGAGCUGCUCCAGUCCCAGGGCUCCCAAGCUGGAGGCUCACAGACUCUGAAGAGGGACAAAGAAAAGAAAAACUUUUUUUAAUCUUGUCUUCAGCAGCUGCACUAAGUCUAAAGGAGAAGACUGCCAUUAUAUUGUCUCAAACCAGAAACCAACCAAUCCCCUUCUCCCCUCAAACUGUGCACAUAACACACACCACACGCUCCACACGUGUUCACGUGUCCCUGUGUCCAGGCAAGAAGCUCUCUCCUGGCUUACAUGGUAUUUUAAAUGGAAAUGUCCUGUCCUGUCCUAAUCUAACCAAGGCAGGAAAAGAACCUGGAGAAUGGACCAAAUGUAACCUCAGAGAGACAACUGCAGGACGACUCACCCAAGUGUAAGUGACUGGGGCAGGAGACCUCAGCUGUGGGUGUGGAAGUGCUGUUCGCAAGUUUCCCGGUUUCCCUUUUUAAACACCAAUUCUCCGGUCCAAUGGGUUGACUGUCGACGGCCACUAUUAAACAUUUCUGAAUAUGGAAGAGUAAGUCAAGGGACAGUCCUCUCUUCAGCAUUCACGGGCCUUCUGCAGAACCCUCCUCCCCACCCCACCCCCAGCAAGGGGGGAAAACGGAUCCACUCACACUCAGGUGGAGAAAUGAGAGACAGGAGGGGGUUUAAGCUUAGGAAGAGCAAAAUUACGCCAUUCAACCCUCCAGGGCCAGUUGGGGUUUUGAGAGAGGUUUCUGCUCAACCUGGGAUCUGCAAGGAGAGCUCUCGUGUUGAUAAAUCUGCCUUGAAUUCAUUGGCUUAACUCGCAUCAAAAUACCAUGUGAGCGUGCUCAUUCCUGUAUAUCCCUACAUUGCCAUUCUGCUGUCUGGCGUCUCCAGAGAGAGCCUCUUUGCAUGUUUUCCAGAAUUUCUGUGUGUUUGUCCUUUCUUCUCCUUUGUUCUUUCUGCUCAAAAGUGUGACCAGUCACCACCCCUCUGGGGCUUUCAUUCGCCAGGAGAAACAUCCCAAAACCAGCACUGUUUAGCUCGAUACCUUUCUAAUGUCCAUGUCAAUUUUCAAUAAAAUUCAAAGAAAUGCUCAA